UGGCUAUUUUUUUUACACUUUUUACUUGAAAAACUAGAAACCCAUAAUAAAAUGUUGCUUGUCCUCUUUUAAUUGCUUUGCAAUAAGAAGUUGGAUUAAAGUGUCUCUGUGGAGUCCUUAAACAUUGUAUGACAUGUAAAUGAAAAAUGAAAUUGCUGAAUUAAAUAAGAGAUUCAUGACACAAUAAAAUAUGCAUAAUCAUAAUAGGCCUAAUACUACAGAGACCUGCAUCUAAUUCAAAAUAGAUGACAAGACUGACGUGGCGUGUGCAUGAAGCGCACACCCACUUCAUCUUUCCUCCCUCACUGUGCGACUGGACUAGGGAGGUGCAACGAUUCUCUCCGAGUUUAUCUUCAGUACAAAUCUGCAAAGCCAUGCCUUCAUCGGAAAAGACAUAAAAACAGGUAAUUUCAGACAGAUAUUAAUGUGUUAUCAUUUUUACAUGUGAACAUUAAUGAUCAAGUGGAGUAUGUUAGAGAAAAGUCCAAUUAGGCAGAAUCUGGCUCUGGAUUUCAAAUGGAAAAUUAAGACUUUUUAGGUAUUGCUGUCUAAAAACACAUGAUCAUUUAAUGUCUUUUUUGUUUUCUUAGUGUUUUGGUGGCAGCAGAGAGAGCAACAGCAACAGUGAUGUUUAGAGCAGUGUUUGGACAUAAGAAUGAAGAAGGAAGAAAACAUGGAGGGAAAAAGACCCAGCGGCAUCAAGGCACUGUGGUUCACACCCACAGCACCUUACAGAGGGGCAAAACUGGACGCGCCAGUCAUCUUGGGGAUACUAAAAACUCUGCAAGGAUGAAAAGGUUGACCAAGGGUCUGUCCAUUUCUUUACCAUCCUCUCCUCUUCCUCCACGCCAGGCUGAUAUGGCCUCCUCUCAGACUUGUAACCAUUUUCCUGGACGGGUGAAGAAGCUUGAGUAUGUCGAGGACUCUUUUAGUGCCGGAGAACCUCUUGUCUUUGCCUCGUGCCGCGGCGAGACACACCAAGGAGACCUCCAAGUGGUGCCCAAGCUGGGCUCCUCCCUUUCUACCGAGGAACUGAUGACCAGACUAUGUUUCUUAUUGGGAGAAGCCACGCCUGGCACUGAUAGCUCUCCUAUGGAGGACAGGAGGGGAAAGAAGUGUGACAUCUCUGCCCAGGGAGGGAGUCCUAGCUCCACCCUGACCUGCAGCACUGCCUCCCCCUGUUCAGAAAGCCCCUCUUCCACCCUCAGCCCCCCUGCUGAAAGUCAUCAUUUGCCCCAACCUUUGCCCUUACCUUCACCACACUACAACUCCAGCAACAGCCCCUGUGGGACCCUGUCCAGUCGAGGUCCGAGUCCUGCCCGUGCUCCUGCUCCUGGGGGCAUUACAGGACAUAGCCAUGGGCCUCCUGCUCAAAGCCCCACGUCCACCCUGGAGAGCAAGGACAGUGGAAUCAUUGCGACCACCACCAGUUCCUCUGAGAAUGAGGAGCGCAGCACCACCAGUGAGGUGCUGAUGAAGGACGAAGGCCCAGUGGGCGGCACCGGUGUAAUGGGGCAUGUAAGUGGAGAACAUCACACUGGGCCAAACAAGGACACUCUGACCGUCCAACUAAACGAGACUCUGUCCAAAACCGACGUCACUGAGUCCAGGACCCCACCGGCACCUAAAAGACCCCUCCCACAGCACAAUGUGAACAGCACCUCCUCUCUGGCGAUGCCUCGUCCAAACUCCGUGGCAGCCACCAGCUCCACCCGACUGGAGGAUCUAAGUUUUCUGGACAACCCCAGAGCUGGUGGACACAGGGGCUCUGUUCGCAAACACAACACGGCUGAACGCACAAAUGAAGACGCCAAAGGGAGAUUAGUGGCCUUCAGACAUGCUGACAUCAUGCUGAAACCGCUGCUGUUUGAAGUCCCCGGCAUCACUGCUGACACCUCGUUUGUCGGGCGGGAUUGGCUCUUUACACGUCUGGAGGAGGUCCUGAGAAAAUCCACCAGCUGUGACGGACGCGGGGCUGUAAUUGUAGGAAACGCAGGAUCUGGCAAGACCGCCAUCAUAUGGCGUUUGGUGAUGCUGAGUUGUCACAGCACGCGGACACCGCUGGGAGGUCCCAGCUUCUCACACACCUCCACUUCGCCUAAAUGUGGUGAGAAGCAGAGUAAACCGGUCCCCAAACAGCCAGCUGAAUCCCAGCCCAGUCUAAGCCCUGCUGCAGGAGACAGUACAGCACAGACGAAGGAGGCUGUCAGAUGCUUGGCUGCCAAGGUGGUAGCCUAUCAUUUCUGUCAGGCUGACAACACCUACACUUGCCUGGUGCCAGAGUUAGUGCACAGUGUUGCUGCCCUGCUGGCAAGAGCUCCGCAACUGGGCCCCUACAGGGAACUGCUGGUGCAAGAACCUCAUCUCCAGAACGCACUCAGUCUGCGCGCCUGUGUUCAAGACCCCAUCGCUGCCUUCAGGAAGGGGAUAAUUGAGCCCCUAGCAAGCCUGCGUAAAGAGAAGAGAUUACCCGAGGAGGACUACAUCAUAUUGGUGGACAGCCUUAAUGAGGCAGAAUUCCAUAAACCAGACAACGGGGACACCAUCGCAGCUUUUAUUACCAAAAUUAUCUCCAAAUUUCCAGUGUGGCUAAAGCUGGUGGUCACAGUCAGAACAGGCCUAGUGGAAAUCACGACCCUCCUUCCCUUCUCUGGCAUCUCCCUGGACAUUCUACCCGACAGCAGUGACCUCGGGGCUGACCUCAGUGACUACAUCCAUCACCGGGUCAGCAGCAGUACCCAGGUUGCAGCCAACGUCACCACACCUACAGGCUCCGCCCCUGACCCGCUGCUCCUCAGCAAGUUCAGCAGCCAUCUCUCGACGCGCAGCCACGGCUCCGUCCUCUACCUUCAGCUCAUUCUGGACCUGUUCCAUAAGGGUCACCUGGCUAUAAAAGGAGGGAACUAUCUAGUAGUGCCUGUCUCCCUGUCAGAGGUCUACCUGCUGAUGUGUCGCGUGAGCUUCCCCGAUAAAGAGCUCUUUGAACGGAUACUGCCGGUGCUAAAUGUGGCUCUGGCUUCUCUGCACCCACUGACUGAUGAACAAAUGUUCAGGGCACUCAAUGCAGGCAGCGUGAGGGGAGAGCUGGAGUGGAACGACUUCCAGCAGAGAUUAGAGACUCUGGCUGGAUUCAUGGUCAAACGGAGGGACGGCACCCGCAUGCUCUGCCAUCCUUCUUUCAGAGAGUGGCUGGUCUGGAGAGCAGAUGGAGAAAGUACAGACUUCCUCUGUGAUCCCAGGAGCGGCCAUGCUUUCCUGGCCUUCAUGUUCUCCAGACAGGAUGGAAAACUCAACCGGCAGCAGACUAUGGAACUGGGCCACCACAUCCUGAAGGCUCACAUCUUUAAGGGUUUGAGUAAGAAGACAGGUGUGUCCUCCAGCGUUCUGCAGGCUAUGUGGGUAAACUACAGCACAGAGAGCCUGUCCGCUGCACUGUCCUCCCUGAGGAACCUAUAUACUCCAAAUAUCAAGGUCAGUCGGCUGUUGAUGUUAGGUGGAGCGAGUGUCACCUGGUGCACUGAGGUCGUCGGACGCGCCCCUAUUUUGGCAGUUCAUGCCCACCUGGGACACCUGGAGAUGGUGGCCUUGCUUCUGGAAAUGGGCGCUACCGUAGAUGGAACCACGGAGAACGGCAUGACACCUCUGUGCUUGGCCACGGCUGCAGGACACGCCGACAUCAUCGGCCUGCUGUGCAAGAAAGGAGCCAAGGUGGGCCACGCCGAUAAGAAUGGCCAAUGUGCACUGGUCCACGCCGGGCUGAGAGGCCAUGCGGAGAUCGUCAACUUCUUGCUGAGCCAGGACUGGGGGGCAGAAAUCCCAGCAGACCGCAAUGGCAACGACACGGUGACUGGGAAAACACAGGCCGUACAACAGGCAGCCACGGCUGCAGCGAGCAUGGGACACACACAGGUGGUGAAGAGUUUGCUGGAUUUGAAAGAUGAGCAGCUGGCGGUGCAGAUGGAGGCGCAGGACUCUCUCUGGGGAGAAACUGUGCUGAGCGCAGCAGCGGGGAGAGGGAGGAUGGAGGUGUGCACGCUUCUCCUGGAGAGGGGGGUUGGGCUGGAAACUGCAAAUCGCAGAGGAAUGGUCCCACUGCUCAGUGCUGCCAAACAUGGACACACACAGGUCGUAGAACUGCUGCUGAAAAAAGACGCAGACAUUAAUGUCUGCGACAAACUGGGUCGGAGUCCGCUGACGCUGGCUGCCUCUGAGGGUCACAGCAGCACUGUGGAGCUUCUGCUGUCCAAGGGUGCCUCUCUGUCCUCUGCUGACCAGGAGGGUCUGACUGCCCUCAGCUGGGCCUGUCUGAAGGGUCAGAAGGGGGCAGUGCAGCUGUUAGUGGACUCUGGUGCAGAUCUGAACCAGGCGGACAGACUGGGAAGGACACCCCUGGAUCUGGCUGCCCUCAACGGCGACGCAGAAACAGUUCACUGCCUGGUUGAACAUGGAGCGGUGCUGGAACGAUCUGACAACAACAGCACCCGAGGAACAGACCGAAAGACUGGCUGCCAGAAUCCAGCACUGGUGGCGUCGCUACUUAAGAAAGGAUCUAAGACAGGAUCUGCUCUGCAUGAUCAGUCAGGUCAUGCCACGUGGGCCAUGGCCUCCACCAAACCAGACAUUCUGCUCAUCCUGCUGCAGAAGCUGAUGGAGGAAGGCAACAUGCUUUACAAGAAGGGACGUAUGAAGGAGGCAGGCCAACGCUAUCAGUACGCCCUGAGAAAAGUUCCUCGAGAAGGCCAAGGGGGGGAACUAAAGGGGCUUAAAGACCUGCGGGUCUCUCUCUAUCUGAACCUGUCUCGCUGCCGCAGGAAAACCAAUGAUUUUGGCAUUGCCGAGGAGUUCGCAACGAAAGCCCUGGAACUCAAACCCAGGUCUUAUGAGGCGUUUUAUGCUCGAGCCCGGGCCAAGAGAAGCAGCAGGCAGUUUUCCGCAGCACUGGCAGACCUUCACGAGGCAUCGCGGCUCAGUCCGUCCAACCGGGAGAUCCGGCGACUGCUGGCGCGGGUGGAGGAGGAGUGUAAACACCACCAGAAGAUGUGCAGUAGCAGAGACCCCUUCGGCCAGCACCAUCAAGGCACGGACGAGGAGACAGACGUCUAUUCGCAGGGAAGUCUGGAGAGGCGCCAGCCGCAGCAGCGGCGGCAGCGGGAGGAGGAGGAGGAGGAGGAGGAGGACAGCGAUGACGCCAGUCUGCAGUGCGUGAAAAGUCCAGACUUUUGGCCUCUGAAUCCUUACGCUUCGAACAGGACCCUGCCAGGAGGCGUGGCCUUUGGUUUGUCAGAUCAGGUGCCGUGUUUCCCUCAGGAGGACUUUGCACAGAACCCAUUUUUCCUGGACACGGCGGAGUCUGCGGGCAGCAGGACUCACCACCACUGUCACUCCCUGCAGUCGGGGGUCAGAGUCGGAGGCAGGCCUCUGUCCUUGUGCGGCCCGUCCAGCCCUCUACCAGGCAGACACCUCUCCACCUCCCUGAGACCUGCGCCCGUGCUGGAAAUCGGAAUCAGCCGGGAUUCCAACAUGGAACAUUCCGGACACAGCCCCACCGAGCUCUUUCACCCCAUGUCCCCCAACAGCUCGUCUCCACCUGGACCUUUGCAUAUGUAUCAGCCUCGCACCUCGAGCUUCUCCAGAGGAUCCGACAGACUCUCCACGCACUCGGUGGCUCUGGACGGCCUCGGCUUCGCUCUCGGAUCUGGUCUGGACUUCCGCAGGGAGAGCGGCGGAGGAGUGGGCACGGCUGGCUCCAGAGGGUCCAGCUCCAGUCAGGCGUCCAGUGGGAAUCUGUCAGACGGUGGCAGGCAGCAGGUGCUGGACACUCCAUGUCCCAUCAAGAGCAGCGGUAGCUUUAAAUCCAAACCGGAACUAAAGCCGAGGCCUUUCAUGGGGGUGAUGGACAAAGCGGUACGGGUCCAGGGUCAACAGCAGGUGCAGGGAGGAGGCGGGGGAGCAGAGAGUUUCAGUAUGUCGGUCAUGGAGCUCCAAGGUCUCAACAAUGACUUCAAGCGCUCCUCUUUCCAGGAGCAGCUCUCCGGGCAGCAGCAGCAGGGUCGGGACUUUGGAGAGCGUCUGCACCAGCGUGACGCUAGGAGCUCCACGUCCUCGCAGCUACGCUUUCCCGAUGGGGGGAGGCACAGACAGACGAGCCUGACCAGAGACAACCCCGCCCUGCACAUGGCUCCCAUCAAGCCCAAACGCUCGUUCAUAGAGUCCAACGUCUGACUACGGACACGGGGGCACAGACAGAGUUUCAGUAGGUGUGACACACGUUAACGGUAGAGAUCAGUUUGACAUCAGCUCACUGCUCCCAGCUCCCUGUGUUUGUACAGUUCUGCUGCUGCACUGCUUUUACAAUCUAACUCCUAUUCAACUCAGGCUACUGCGCUUUUGCUCACACGGUCUACGACCAAACAUCUGGUAUCCCAGAAAAACAGAAAAGACUGACGUAGAAAAAAAAAAAAACAUAGCAGAAUGUUGUUUUUCAUCUUUUCAUUUGUGACAUUAAAUUAAGAUUUCAGUGAAGGUUUUUUUUUUUUUUGGAACAAAUAUACAAAAGCUCCUGCUGAUAGUUGCCGUUUAUAAUCAUUUUUAUUGUCACGUGAACAAAACAUUUAUAUUUGUACGGUGUACAUUAUAUUUGCAGAGAAUAUAUUUCUCCGUUAGGUUUACAGGCUCCGACAGAAAACAAUAACCCUGUGUUCUCGAAGAGUCUUUUUCUCGGUUCGUUAGAUAAAUCAACUCUGCACACCAGAUGGAUCACAAUGUAUCAUAAUAUAAUAUUGACUUGACUGCUUCAGUAUUUACUAUAUAUAUAUAUAUAAAUAUAUAUAUAUACAUUAUAAUAUAUUGUUUAUUUUUGUGCAUAGCAGAGAACGUGUUCACAUGGAGUGUCGAUGGUUUAUUCAAACACAGAGAGCAUUUACAGUCAAAUAUUUAAAAAGAAAAAACACUUUUUACAUCCCUGUAUUUCCAUAGUUGUCCCGUUGAGUUCCGAACUCUGAAAUCUAAACUAUGGGCGACAGAAUGUGACCACAACAUAACUGUGGUGUAAUAAAAUAUUCAU